GGCCCUUUGCUCAGGUCUCAGGAACUCACUCUCCACACUCUCUGCCCUGCAGGAUGCUGCAGCUGAGCGUGUCCUGGCUGGGACUGGAGACAGUGGCAGCCUCACCAUGGCUGCUUCUUUUGCUGGUUGGGGCUUCCUGGCUUAUAUCCCGAGUCCUGGUCUGGACCUAUGCUGCCUACAACUAUUCUCACCACCUCCAAAAUUUCCCACAGCCUCCAAAACGGAACUGGUUCUUGGGUCACUUGGGCCUGGUUCCCCCGACGGAGCAGGGAUUGAGAGACUUAACUCAGCUGGUGACUAACUACCCCAAGGGCUAUAUGACCUGGAUGGGCCCCAUCACACCCCUCGUCAUUUUGUGCCACCCUGACUUGAUCCGGACAAUGGCCAAUGUCUCAGCUGCUGUUGCAUCCAAGGAUGUGGUCUUCUAUGAAGUUCUGAAGCCGUGGCUGGGGGAUGGGCUCCUGCUGAGUGCUGGCGACAAGUGGAGCAGCCACCGUCGCAUGCUGACACCUGCCUUCCACUUCAACAUCCUGAAGCCCUACGUGAAGAUUUUCAGUGAUAGCGUGAAUGUCAUGCAUGCCAAGUGGCAGCGUCUGGUCACAGAGGGCCACAACCGUUUGGACAUGUUUGAACACAUCAGCCUCAUGACCCUGGACAGUCUGCAGAAAUGUGUCUUCAGCUUUGACAGCAAUUGCCAAGAGAAGCCUAGUGAAUAUAUUGCUGCCAUCUUGGAGCUCAGUGCCCUUGUGGCAAAACGGCACCAGCAGAUCUUCCUGCACAAGGACUUCCUGUACUACCUAACCCCCGAAGGGCGGCGCUUCCGCAAAGCCUGCCGCCUGGUGCACAAUUUCACAGGUGCCGUCAUCCAGGAGCGGCGCUUCUCCCUCCCCAAAGAGGGCAUUGAUGAUUUCCUCAAGGCCAAGGUUAAUGCAAAGACUUUGGACUUCAUUGAUGUGCUCCUGCUGACCAAGGAUGAAGAUGGGAAGGGAUUGUCAGAUGAAGAUAUCCGAGCUGAAGCUGACACCUUCAUGUUUGAAGGCCAUGAUACUACAGCCAGUGGCCUCUCCUGGGUCCUGUACAACCUGGCAAAGCACCCAGAAUACCAGGAGCGCUGCCGGCAGGAGGUGCAUGAGCUCCUGAGGGACCGUGAGCCUAAAGAGAUUGAAUGGGACGACCUGGCACAGUUGCCCUUCCUGACCAUGUGCAUCAAGGAGAGUCUGCGGUUGCAUCCUCCAGUCACUGUCAUCUCCCGUCGCUGUACCCAGGACACUGUGCUCCCAGAUGGCCGGAUCAUCCCCAAAGGUGUUAUCUGCCUCAUCAGUAUUUUUGGGACCCACCACAAUCCAUCAGUGUGGCCAGAUCCUGAGGUCUAUGAUCCCUUCCGCUUCGACCCAGAAAACAUCAAGGGGAGAUCACCUCUGGCUUUUAUCCCCUUCUCAGCAGGGCCCAGGAACUGCAUUGGGCAGACGUUCGCCAUGACUGAGAUGAAGGUGGUCCUGGCACUCACGCUGCUGCGUUUCCGUGUCCUGCCAGACAAGGAGGAGCCGCGCAGGAAACCAGAGCUAAUCCUGCGGGCGGAGGGUGGACUUUGGCUGCAACUGGAGCCUCUGAGCGCUGGCCAGCAAUGACCUACCACCUCUGGGCCUGGGAUCCACCCUGACCCUACACACCUCACUUUGCAGAUUCCCAGGAAUAAAACUGCCACCUCUACCAGAACCCAUUGUGAGCCAGAAGGGGGCGCUUGGGCAUAUGAUGAUCCAGGCAGGUGAGUGUAGCUGUGAAUGUGGAGGAGGGGAGCUGUAUGCUGGUAUGGUAGCUGGAGCUCCAUCUUGGAUUGGGAGGACAAUACUCCUUAGGGAAGGUGGGGCAGAGAGCUAGAUGCCGUCAGACAGAUGACUUUGGACACACCACUCCCUGCCAUUAUAUUACCAAGGUCACCAUCUCAGUCUACCCUUUACUAGCUGUUUUGCAUGGGGAAAAGCAUUUAUCUCUCUAAGCCUCAGUUCCUUUAUUAUAUAGUAGUAGCUGCCUUCUUACACUGUUGUGGAGGUUGAAUAAGCAAGCACAUGCAAAAUGACUGACUGAAAAGAAAAUCAUGGACUUGGAGAAUAGACUUGUGGCUGCCCGAUGGGAGGGGGAGGGAGUGGGAGGUAUCGGGAGCUUGGGGUUAUCAGAUACAACUUAGAAUAGAUUUACAAGGAGAUCCUGCUGAGUAGCAUUGAGAACUAUGUUUAGAUACUCAUAUUGCAACAGAACAAAGGGUGGGGGAAAAAUGUAUACAUGUAAGAAUAACUUGAUCCCCAUGCUGUACAGUGGGGGGGAAAAAAAAACAACAAAAAACCCCAAAGUGACUGACUUAUUGUCUGGUAAGCAUCAGUACUCAAAAGGGGUGAAUUUCCUCCAUUCUUUUUGCAUCAUUUUCUCAAAUUAAAAAUGUUUUAAAGUCAUAAAAAUAUAGUUAAGUUUGGGGAAAAGUGGAAACCUACUGUUGAAGAACCCUGUCAUUAGAAGGCUCAGUAAAUUCAAAAUCUCCCUAGUUUACACUUGUUACAUAGUUUCAAGGGAGUUUGAGGUGAAGCUAGCCUGAAGCUAGGAACUGAAACAAAAAUUUUCCCUCAGAGAGGCAUGACCCAGGACUUCAUUUUCAUCUAGCUCUUCUAGGAAGUGGAGGUCAAGUAGAUCCACAAUGGUGAGAGGAAGGUGGAGGGGCAGGAGUGGUCCUACUCAUUCAGCACCUGGGCCAGCAGCUGCCCCAUGAUUUUGCUUCACUCAGCCUAUAGGGGUCAUCACUGCCACAGCCAUCCUCAGUAGUCAAAAAAAAAAAAAAAACC